GGGUCAAACCAAUGUUCGUGUAGGGUGCGUUAUAUUGUGGUCUUCUAUCUAUGUGGCCCUUCUGGCAUUCUCUGAAUACCUUUCCAUUUGCUAUUUAAUUUUAAACCGAUAGUGCGUAUGUGUAGAAGCCUAUGAUACAUACAGGAGGUCUGGAGAUAACUUGAGACUAAGUUUCGAUAAUUUACUGUUGGUUCUAUCCGUCCCUUUUGGAGAUAACUUUAGUUUGACUGCUCCGGCUAGCCGUAUGUCGACAUAAUGUAACUUUUAAUAACAACAAAGCAGCACGGCGACUGUCUUCACUGACAUACAGUAUCAAGUUUCGCUUCAGAAAUGAUCCAUAUUAAGUGCGAGCAUUUUCUGUAAGGGGAGUUUUAACAUGAUGUCAUUUCCCUAUGGAAAGCCACGUGGAUGCGGCCGUGCUGAGAUGUUGGAAGUGUCGGAAAUGUAUAAUAGAUUCGAGAAGUCUUUUGAUCAAGAGAAAUGCAGGGGGAGAGAAUGUUCCAGUAAAAUGCAGCAUUUGGCACGUCAAUAUCGAGGCUCUGCCUGACUGGAUUAUAGGACAUAUAGAGGAGGCCCAGUGGACAAUUGGGAAGCUGAACUGCCUGUAUUGUGGGGCUCGCUUAGGGGGUUUUAACUUUGUCAGCAGUGCAAAAUGCCCUUGUGGCCAGGAUGUAACCAUACAUCUCUGCAAGAGUCGGACUGACUAUGAGGCUAAGCAUUUGUUGCCAAUAACAAGACCACCAAGUACGGGAGCUGCUCUUUUUGUCCCAAAAUCACUGGAUGGCUUAAACACCCAACAGGGAAUGGAAGCAAGGGUGCCAGGGUUAAGCAGCACUAUGUUUUCCCAUGUUGUUAACGCUAAUAAUGAAAUUGGACGAAUAGCUGAAGCGCUUUGCCUUGAGGCAAGAUCAUGCAGGGGGGACUUCAAAGCUGCUAAUCCACAAGCAUUUUCUUCCUUUUCAGGGCCACUUAGCGCAAGAUGUGUUGUGAAAGCUUCACAUAGAAAAGCUCAUAGCUUGGAUUACAGCAGCACAGAUGGAAUGGGCAUUUCCAUUAGCUUCUCUGAUCUUCUUAAAGCGUACGCUUGUGAUUCUUCGCGGUCUGGCAGAUUGCAAACGGUAAUACAGCCUCACAGCCAAAGAUCCAGUUUGCAUCUAGUCACUGGGGUAACAUCUGGCACCCUUUAUCUAAACAGAGUCAAUUCAGAUGUUGAUCGCGAGCCAGACAGAUCUUCUCAAAAUGCUGUUAUGGACAUGGAGGGUAGAACGGACCAUCCUGGAGAAUCAAAUGCACAAGUGCUUGUAGGUAACAGUACAACCAUCCGGACUGUGGCUUUGAGAAGACGGUUCCCCUCUGAAAGUAGCACAGAGGAAGAGCAGGUAACGUCUGCGGAUAGCCUGUUACAGACUGGCCCCUCCACAUCACCUACAGCAGAGAGAAGAUUAAGUAAGAGGGAGAGGAACAGGCUCAAGAGCCUCAGGAGGAAGCAGAGGAGAAGAGAACGCUGGAUACAGAGCCAGCUUCAGGAGCGAAACAAACAGAGUUCUACUGGAAAUCUAACAAGCAGUGACGAUGAAGAUGUCCGUGGCAGUGACAAGGAUGGCCACAUGUGUGCCGUUUGUCUUGAUGUGUACUUCAGCCCCUACAUGUGUUACCCCUGCCACCACAUCUUCUGUGAGCCUUGCCUCCGUACUCUUGCCAAGGACAACCCCACCAAUACACCAUGCCCUCUCUGCCGGACCAUCAUUACAAGGGUCUUUUUCCAAACAGAUCUAAACCAUACCACAAAAACCUUCUUCCCAAACGAAUAUUUAUCCAGAAAACAGAAUUUCCAGAAAACUAGCUGUGCUAAGUGGCCUCUUCCAAGCUGUAGGAAAAUGUUCAGAAUUUUUGGAGGUUUUAGGAGGCAUGCAGACCGAAUCACACAAAGACAGUUCCCGCAUGGGGGUUACAGAUUGGACUCUAUGGACUUUGAAGAUGACUCUCGGGGCUGGCGAUUUGACAUGGACAUGGUGAUCAUCUACAUUUACUCUGUCAACUGGGUGAUUGGAUUUAUCAUUUUCUGCUUUCUUUGUUACUUUUUCUUCCCUUCUUUUUAGUGCAAUAAUUCAAAGCCACUCUCUCACCCAACAUUAACUCUCUAAAUAACUUUUAUUUUUUAAUAGGCAAUAAUAACACAAUACAGUUUUGUUAUCUGAUUAGUUUUUAGAUUAUGUAAAAUGCAGACACGUUUUUUUUUUGUUUGUUUUUUAAUUAAUGUGGAGAAAUUCCCACUUGAUUCUUGAGGGUCAUACUUGUAGUUUUCUAAAUGAAAUAGUGUACAUGCCGAUACAUAUCAAGUGUUCCUUCAGGGGUUGUAUUGUAAAGCAUUAUGGUUAGAAUGAAAGCUACAUUGUGGAACUUUACCUUUAAAAAAAAUAAAUACAUAAAAAAGAAUCCCAUGGCUUCUAGUUUCUUGACAGGAGAUUAGAGUAGAUUGUUUACAGUAAAGGGACAGAUUAUAGUUUCUGAGAAAUGUGCUUGUAUGUAGUUAGUACAUGAAUUCAACAUUACCAUUUACACAUCUUACAGAUAUUGUAUUUCUAAUGUGCUUGAAGUGUGUCUGUUGUAUGAUGUCUACACAUUUCUUAAAUUUCCCAAAUGUAUUCUUACCUUACAUUGGAGCAGUAAAAUAUGAAACCCCCCCCAGUGUGGAACUACAACGACUGCAGUCAAAUUGAGUAGCUGCAGUACUAGUGCGUUGUUUAUAUUAGCUUGGAGCACUGCAGAUACCAAAAAAUAAUCAUUAUUUAAUGAAGAUAAUACUUUAAUAAAUACACUGUGUAGUAUUGACAGCAGUUUAUUACUUGUGUAAUGUGUUGGGGCAAGGUUAUUUAGUGCCAGCGUUUUGGCAGCAAUCAAUCGAUGCGUACUCAUUUACAUUACAAAAAAGGCAGUUUGUAGAAGCAGUAAUAGUCCCCCAUAGAAGGAAAUUAUCUCGGGACUGUCCUGUCAAUUGUAAAAGCUCAGAUACAAUUUCAUGCACUUAAUAAUGUAAAAUUCAUUAGAAUCUGUAGAAAAGAGUGUGCACAUUAGCUUGCUGAAAUAAGUAAGCAGUGGCAACUCCAGAGAAAUAUAAUGGCUGUACAGUACACUAUGCAUAGGGUUUGGAAGUUGAUCAAAUAGGCUGUAAUAUAUUAACAAAUAAGCUUCUGUGACUGAGUUUCACAAGGUCAGAGCAUAUUUCCCAGGAUGUCCUUGUAUACAAAAUGUUUAAUCAAAAGGUAUACAUGAUGUAAAUACAUCUUUAUAUCUCUUUUGCUCAAUAGUACUGUUCAUCCCAUUUGCAUCGGUGGUCUUCUAAAUUAAUAAAAUUAAUAAUAAAUAUUUAACAAUGCAUAGUACACCAAAAAAGUGACUGAUUAUGCAGGUAAAAUGUAUUUAGGUUUCAGGUAGUUCUUUGAUUUGCCUUAUAGAAAGCAGCUUCUUUGUGUUAAUGUAAUAACUACCUAACCCUUAUAAACGUUUACAAACAGUAAAUUACCAUGCUAAGUUGGAAGUUUUCCAUGCUUUUCCCAUGGUUAUACAAUCACUUCACCAUAGUUUGUCGUGUCUUAAAUGACCUCUCUGUGCUUUACAAUGCUUGCCUAUGCUUGACAUUGCUUUCACUAUCCUUUAGUACUCUUUGCUGUGCUUUUACUAAGGUGAACUUUUAUAAGUGAGUCCACGUCAUGUGGUUUUUAAUUUCUCCAGAAAUUCCUAAUUAUAUGUUAAUAUAAUGCAAUUAACAGGUGCUUUUUAUAAAAAAAAAUUUUUUUAAAAAACUGGUUACAUUACAAGUUCAGCUUAUCAUUAAGUUUAUUUUAUUUAAUACUGUGUCAUUUUUCAGUAUUAGAAUGGGUCAUAUGUUGGUUGUAGCCAGUAGAUAUAUAGUUUCAUCACUAACUCCAAUGUAUAUUAUCUGCUGUAUUCAGGCUUAAAGAUUGCUAAUUUGUUCUAAUAAAUGUGUUCUUCAUUAUGAGCUACAAAUAAAGGUUUGCUGUAUUUGAACUAA